AUGAAAUUAAUUUCAAUUUUAUUUUUUUUAUUUGGCAUUUUAUUUUUUUUAAAAAAUGUUGAAAGUGCAAGUGAUGUAGUUUGUUCAUUUGGUUAUCAAGCUUGUGGAAAUAACUGCUAUAGUCCAUCAUCAGGCCAAAAAUGCUAUCCAGGUGGUGUAGUUUGCUCAUUUGGUUAUGAAGCAUGUGGAAAUAAUUGCUAUAGUCCAUCAUCGGGUCAAAAAUGUAAUCCAGGUGGUGUAAUUUGUUCAUUUGGUUAUCAAGCAUGUGGUAAUUCUUGUUAUAGUCCAUCGUCAGGUCAAAAAUGUUAUCCAGGUGGUAUAAUUUGUUCAUUUGGUUAUGAGGCAUGUGGUAGAUCUUGUUAUAGUCCAUCAUCAGGUCAAAAAUGUUAUCCAGGUGGUGUAAUUUGUUCAUUUGGUUACCAAGCAUGUGGAAAUACUUGUUAUAAUCCAUCUGCUGGUCAAAGAUGUUUUAAUUAA